UUUACAAACAAAAACAAAUCGCAACAAAUUGUAGAAGUGCUAAAAUGAAUGUUUUUCCAAGGAUUUGCAAAACCCCUGGAAAGUUUAAGUCAAAUUCUUCUCUAAUUUAUUUCAGAAAGAUUAGUUUAUCAUCUGUUCGUCAUGAAAAACAAAAAACUGACUUGCAACCUCCUGCGAUGGACAUAUUAGCAGAAUUACAAGAGCCUGGGCUAACUGAAGAAGAGAUUUCAGAGAAGAGAUUUAAAGCUCGUUUGCCAGAAAGAUUGUAUCGGUCGUUUGUAAAGAAGGAAGCACUACCUCUAGAAUCAAAAUAUGACUUUCGGAUGACUCGUCUUCGAAAGUAUUAUGCAAGGUAUGGAAAAGACAGUAAACUUAAUCCUGGUAUUUGUUGGCCUACCAGAGAACAAAUCUUAGAAACCAUUCAUUAUGAUAAAAUUUUUGAGCCCCCGUUGCAGGAAACACUGAGUAAAGUUGAAAACGCUCGCCUAGAAAAGGAGGAAAAGCAAAAGCAAGAAGAGGCUGAAGUAGAUAAGAACAUGGCUAAUUUAGAUAAAUGGAUGAAAGAAUAUUAUGCGAAAAUCGAACAGAAAAAAGCAGACAUUUUGGAACUACGAAAGAAAAGAGAGAAACUGGUUGAAGAAAUCAGUGAAUACCUUGGCUACGAAAUAGAUCCUAGAGAUCCGAGGUUUCAAGAGGCUGUUCAACAGAGAGACAAAGAGAGGAAAAAAGCUGUUAAGGCUAAAAAGCAGCAGGAAAGUUAUGAGAAAAUGAUUGCAAAGUUGAAACAAAUGGCAGAACAGUAAAUUGUUGUAGUAUAAUAAGUACACUUGAUAUAUUUUUCUUCUUCAACUUCAUUCUAUUUGUUUUCAUAAAUUUGUUGGUUGAAGUAUUUGAUACAUUUAUCUGAAGUGUGUUUUGAUUAUUCAAAUUAAAGUAAUUUAAAAGAACUUUUAGUGUUAUUUAACAGUAUAUUUAUUUAACUUAACUAGUGAUGUAAAAUACCUGGGUAUUUAUUUUUAGGGGUAAAUACCCAGGGUAUAUACCUGGGUAAAUACCCAAAUUGGGUAUAUACCGGGGUAUUUAUUUCAAAAAUUUAUAUUCAACUAAAAUACUUUUCUGUAUGUAUUCCACUAUGUAUAUAUAUAA